AUGGCCAAGAUCCUACAGGUAUGCAAAUUAAUUGUUUGGGAUGAAUGCACAAUGGCCCAUAAGAGGUCACUGGAGGCGCUGGACACAACAUUGAAAGAUCUUCGUGACAACCAAAGUAUUUUUGGUGGGGCCAUGAUUCUGUUGUCAGGUGAUUUUCAUCAGACUCUUCCAGUUAUUCCCCGAUCAACUGUUGCUGAUGAACUAAAUGCAUGCUUAAAAUCAUCGAAUUUGUGGCAGUACGUAAAGACAAUCCAAUUAACAACUAACAUGCGAGUAUUUUUGCAACAUGAUGAAACUGCAAAUGUGUUUGCGAAGCAGUUGUUAGAUAUUGGAAAUAAUAAAGUUGCAAUGGACACCUCGACCGGAUUCAUCACAUUACCCACAGAUUUCUGUCACAUCACAGAUUCAAAAGAGGAGCUUAUUCAGCGUGUUUUUCCAGAUAUAGCGCAAAAGUUCAAUAACCAUAAUUGUCUGGGUGAACGAGCAAUAUUGGCAGCGAAAAAUAAAGAUGUCGAGGAUCUCAAUGCGACCAUUCAGAAUUUUCUUCCAGGACAGUUGGUUUCCUUCAAAUCAGUCGACACCGUUAUGAACCAGGAUGACGUAGUCAACUAUCCCACGGAGUUUUUAAAUUCACUGGAAUUGCCUGGAUUACCACCUCACAAUUUGCAGUUAAAAAAGUUUGCGGAAUCAACUUGGAGUUUCCCUGUUUCGCGCAUGGACAAUUAUACGCCGCGUGUUCGCGCGUCGGAAAACCGUCUUCUUUGUUUAUUUACGCACAACAAAACAAAACAAAAAAAUAUAGUUUAUGAGAAAGCUUUAAAUUGA